AAGCUGACAGCAAGGGAGAGAAUUCUGCUGCUCUUGGACCCUGACAGCUUUGAUGAAUAUGACAUGUUUGUGGAGCACAGAUGCUCUGACUUCGGGAUGGACUCUAGUAAGAAUAAGUACCCUGGAGACAGCGUGGUGACUGGCCGGGGCAGGAUCUGCGGCAGACUGGCCUACGUGUUCAGCCAGGAUUUUACCGUCUUUGGAGGCAGUUUAUCUGGAGCUCAUGCCCAGAAGAUCUGCAAGAUCAUGGACCAGGCUGCCAUGGUCGGAGCCCCUGUGAUUGGGCUGAAUGACUCCGGAGGAGCUCGGAUCCAGGAGGGAGUGGAGUCCUUGGCUGGCUACGCUGACAUCUUCCUGAGAAAUGUCCAGUGUUCUGGAGUGAUUCCCCAGAUCUCCCUCAUCAUGGGCCCUUGUGCUGGGGGAGCUGUGUAUUCACCUGCCUUAACUGAUUUCACUUUCAUGGUGAAGGAUACCUCCUACCUGUUCAUCACUGGCCCUGAUGUGGUGAAGUCUGUUACCAAUGAAGAUGUCACCCAGGAGCAGCUCGGGGGUGCCAAGACUCACACUGCUGUGUCUGGAGUUGCUCACAGAGCCUUUGAGAACGACAUCGAUGCUCUGUUGAACCUCCGAGAGUUCUUCAAUUAUUUACCCCUGAGCAACCGCGACCCGGCGCCCGUGCGUGAGUGCCACGAUCCCAGUGAUCGUUUGGUUCCUGAGCUGGACACAGUCGUUCCGAGCGAAUCCACUAAGGCCUAUGACAUGCUGGACAUCAUCCACUCGGUCGUGGAUGAACGGGAGUUCUUUGAGAUCAUGCCCUCCUACGCCAGGAACAUCGUGGUGGGAUUCGCCAGGAUGAGCGGACGCACUGUCGGCAUAGUGGGCAACCAGCCCAAAGUGGCAUCAGGGUGCUUAGACAUCAACUCCUCUGUGAAAGGAGCUCGUUUUGUUCGGUUCUGUGACGCCUUCAACAUCCCCCUGAUCACCUUUGUGGACGUCCCAGGGUUUCUGCCAGGCACAGCUCAGGAGUACGGCGGGAUCAUACGUCACGGUGCCAAACUGCUGUUUGCCUUUGCAGAAGCAACUGUGCCUAAAAUCACUGUCAUCACCAGGAAGGCGUACGGAGGUGCCUACGACGUGAUGAGCUCCAAGCACUUACGAGGAGAUGUGAAUUACGCCUGGCCCACGGCCGAGGUGGCUGUGAUGGGAGCCAAGGGUGCUGUCCAGAUCAUUUUCAGAGGCAAAGAGGCAAACGCAGAGGCAGAGUAUGUGGAGAAGUUUGCCAACCCCUUCCCUGCUGCCAUGAGAGGGUUCGUGGAUGAUAUCAUCCAACCAUCGAGCACCCGCGCGCGCGUCUGCCACGACCUGGACGUGCUGGCCAGCAAAUCCCAGGCCAGUCCCUGGAAAAAACACGCCAACAUCCCGCUGUGAGGGUGAGGAGGG